CCUUCACACACACACACACACACACACUCUCUCUCGAUGGUUUCCACGAAGACCUCCUUCCAAGGUUCCGAAUCCUCAUCGAUAUCCACAGCCGGAUCGCAGGAGGAAUCUCUCCCCUUCGACGUGAACGACGCCGGUGAGAUGCUCCUGUUCGACAUGCUCAUCGAGUCCGCCAUGACCACGAAGACGUCGACGGGCAAAGAGGCGGAGUCGAAGGGCCCGACGGCGAGCGGGAAGAGCUACCGAGGGGUGCGGAGGCGGCCGUGGGGCAAGUUCGCGGCGGAGAUCAGGGACUCGACGCGGCAGGGGGUGCGGGUGUGGCUGGGCACGUUCGACAGCGCGGAGGCCGCCGCCCUGGCCUACGACCAGGCGGCGCUGUCGAUGAGGGGGGCGACGGCGGUGCUCAACUUCCCGGCGGAGCGCGUGCGGGAGUCGCUGCGGGGGCUGGAGCUGGCGAAGGACGGCUGCUCCCCGGUGGUGGCGCUGAAGAAGAAGCACUGCAUGAGGAGGAGGAGGAAGAGAAAGGUGAGGGAGUCGAGUGGGGAGGGCGUAGUGGAAUUAGAGGACUUGGGAGUGGAGUUCUUGGAGGACCUCUUGGGGCUAUCAGGGCUUGCGAGUCAGUGAUGACAAGCUCAUAGUUUUGCCCAACCUUAUGAUAUUUUAAAUAUAUUAAUAUGGAUAUUAAGUUGACUGUCAA